ACCGAUGCUUCUCCCCUUCUCCAAGUCCCUUCCUUUUACACCAAAAAAUCCAACAUGGUAUCAAAGCUUAAAUGAUCUUGAGGGACGAGUGAGUUUGAGUGAACACCCAAAAAAAAAAAAGAAAAGAAAAAAGAAACCCACUUUUCUUUGUUUUUCAAAUGCUUUUUCAUGUGAAACCCAUCUUGAUUGGUCAAAAUCUUGCAACAAGAAAGGCUGUGAAGAUGGAGGCAUAUGUUAGUCCCACCAUAGGAGAUGUCAAGGAGAGGAAAACUGGAUUCAAAGAGAAGGUGUUCAUAAAACUCUUCAUGGAUGUGGCUUUGAUGGAGGUUUCACCAACACCAAGCACAAAGGAGCUGAAAAAUGGCAUGAAAGCUGUGAUGUUUGCUGCAACGAGACAGCAAAAUGGCUCAGCAAAGCUCCAAAAAAAAAAAGUGUUGAAGCAGCAAAUCCAAAGAGCCAACUCUGGUGAAAUGGAAGUGCAGAGAGUUGACUCUAGAAGCUGCAGCCAGCUCUAUAGCUUUAACACCAAGGAGGAGUAUUGGAGUUGUGGUGUGAAAGCUGAACAAGAGGCAGCAAAUGAAAGAAAGCUGCACAAGUGGCAGCAAAUGAAAACAGAGCGCACAAGGGGUAGCAAAUGAAGAAGGAAGGCUACACCAAAGCACGGUAGCAGUAGACUAGAACAAGCUAUACUGCAAAUGUUGAUGAAAUGAGGCUGAAAUGAAAGGCAAAUGGAAGGCCGCAAAGUAGUAGCAAGAACAGCCACAUGGAGCCUCACAAAUGGAUGCAAGACUUUUCAUGUAGUCUUGCAUUAAAUGUUUGAUAGAUUU